AUGGACCGCCGGAUAUUACCAUGUUUGUUUCUAAUCAUACCCGCGCUGGUGGGACACACUGCCGCUACAAAAGCAAGGUCUGGACCGAAGGUGACGGACAAGGUCUUUUUUGACAUCACAGUGGGAGGGCAUGAAGUUGGACGAAUAGUGAUUGGUUUAUUCGCUGAGGUUGUGCCUCAGACUGUGGAGAACUUCAUUGCUAUGGCGACUGGAGAGAAAGGCUAUGGCUACAAAGGGAGCAAGUUUCACAGGGUCAUAAAAGACUUCCUAAUUCAAGGAGGUGACUUUACCAAUGGAGAUGGGACAGGAGGUAAAAGCAUCUACGGCGGCACAUUUCCUGAUGAGAACUUCAGGCUGAAGCACCUGGGCUCUGGCUGGGUCAGCAUGGCCAACGCUGGGCCCGACACCAACGGGUCGCAGUUCUUCAUCACCUCCACCCGCGCUCCAUGGCUGGACGGGAAGCAUGUGGUCUUUGGAAAGGUUUUGGAGGGCAUGCCUGUGGUGCACACUAUUGAACUCCAGGACACCAACGAUCGGAACCUGCCCUUCACAGAGUGCUUGAUUGUAAAUAGUGGGAAGGUCGAAGUGAAAGAGCCAUUUGUGGUGGAAGUGGAAGGCUGGUAA